AAAAAAAAAAAAACAACAACAAUAAUAUGAAUAUGAACGAUUUGGUUGGCACAUGGGAAGUACCACUUUAUGAUAAGAUACAUAAAAUUCAAUUCGAACAUGGAACAACAACUGGCCGUCGUGUAUUAUGGAUCGAUAAUGAUAUUAUUUUGAAAAAAGAAUGGAUGUUCAAAUUGGUCGGUAGUGAACCGUUUGAGAUAAAAAAUCCAGAUAGUGAUGAAAUAUAUGCUAAAUGUGAAAUUGUCAUCAAUGCCUGUCUUGGUUUUACAUAUGAAUAUAUUCUAUAUGUUAAUGGUAAACAAUUUAAAACAUUUCGCGAAAAACAAUCAAAAAUUAUGCGUGCAUGGCAUUUUGAUUUGAAUAAUGAUGAAUUUCGUGUUGUAUUAGAAAAAGAUACCCUAGAUGUAUGGGUAAAUGGACAGAAAAAAGAUACAACACAUGAAUUUGGUGAUUCCGAAGGCACUGAAAUUAAAUUCAAUUUGGAUGAACAACAACAAAAUUGUGGCUGUAUUAAAACCAUAAGCAGUGGUGAUAAACGUAAAGGUAUGAUUUAUGUAUUAGAAGUGAAUGGACAAUCUGUCAAUGAAAAAGAUGUUGAAUGAAUGAACAAAUGAUGAUCAAUGAAUUUCAUUUCAUUUUUUUUUAAUUUUAUCACCACAAAAAAA